CAAGGACGACGAGAACGCGCACGUAGCUGUCAGUAGGAAAUGCAAGCUGUUCGCUUAGGAUGAGCUCAUGCGGCUAUUGGGAUAAAAUAAUGACAUAGAUUCGUUUCGGUUCAGGAUGAAAGGUUGUUCUAAGUAGUUUGUUUUGAUUGGGCGAGAAUGACUGCUGCAAGUGCGUUUAUGUGACUGAAACAACACUAACAAAGCUGAUGCUAAUAUUUGGCUAAAACAAGCUAACUUAGCUUACCGAUUGCAGGACGUUUGCUCUUAACUGCUCACCCCGUUCAGCGGUUCCUGUCUUGUUGUAGCUCUGUCACGUUCUCGUCAAACAGAGGAGGUUGCGGAACCAGAGCUGUGGCGGGGGCCCGUGCCUACAGGAACCCCCUGGCUAUCCAGGCGGACGGAUCGCAGUGACACGCCGGUUGUUGAGAUCAGAGUGGAACAAUGGCUGAGCUGUCCACCUUGUCUCCAUCUCCCCCUCCACUGGGGGACACUCAUGCAGCUGCACCCUUUUCUCCAUCUGCAUCAGUGCUGUCUGCUACCACCAACCUUGCUUCUGAGUCUAUCAAAGGAACACCUUUGCCCAAGUCUUCCCUCUACGGUGACAACACUUUGACUGGAAACACUCAUGCUACGUUCGCAGGAGGUUCACCCUUGACUCUCAACCAGACCAGAAGUCCCCCAAAAGUUCCCUGUGAGACAACCCCACGAUCAUUGUUACAGAUCUCUGCGUCUGAAACACAAGAGUCAUUGGAGAAUGAAGAAGUGACUGGAGUGAGCGUCAUUAAGCAGAAGACCAGUGACCGAGCUGUUGCAGAAAUCUUGAGCACUGGAGCUGAAACCUCAGAACUGGCAACCUCUGCUCAAAAAACUGAGCUGCAGGCAUCUCGGCCUCCUGAUCCAAGUCCAGGUCCUAACCAAGAGGCCAGCUAUAAUCCAAACCUUGGGAUGGGUGAUAGUCCAGAUACAGUGAGUCAGACCCAAAGGAGUGCAGACUCUGCACCCACACCUGCUCCUUCAGCAGCAGGAGCCGAUGAGGAGGAACCUCAGCUCCUUAAACAAGCACAAAAUCCUCAAGUUGGGCCUCCUCCUUUGUCCCCAAAGCCUGAUGCUCCCACAACACCCACCAGAGCUGGGCAAUCAAGCCCUACUGUCCUUCUGGUCCACGAGCCAACGAUCCCCCUACUAAACCCCAACCGAAAGCCAGCCUUGGACAACCUCAGCUAUCUGGAAUCAGCUAGCAUGAUGUCGGGAACGUUUGAGUCCCUGUCUGGAUUGGGAGAAGAUGGGAGCUCUGUGGGAUCAGAUUCAGAAAUUAAUGGUCUGACUAUCAAACGCACUGAUAAAUAUGGCUUCCUGGGUGGGAACCAGUACAGUGAAGGAGGUGACAAGGACGUUCGAGUUGAGGUUGCCAGGCAGAGGGAGAUGAAAUGGCUCGAUAUGUUCUGUCACUGGGAUAAGUGGGUCAAACACCGCUUCAUGAAGGUGAAGCUGCGCUGCAGGAAGGGGAUUCCAUCUUCCCUUAGAGCCAAAGCCUGGCAGCUGUUGUCCAACAGCCAGGAGCUUCUUGAGGCCAACCCUGGGAAAUUUGAUGAACUAGAGAGAGCGCCGGGUGAGGCCAAAUGGCUGGAUAUUAUCGAGAAGGAUCUUCACAGGCAGUUCCCCUUUCAUGAGAUGUUUGCUGCCCGUGGCGGUCAUGGACAACAGGAUCUGUACCGUAUCCUGAAGGCCUACACCGUGUACCGGCCUGACGAGGGCUACUGCCAGGCCCAGGCUCCAGUGGCUGCAGUGCUGCUCAUGCACAUGCCUGCAGAGCAAGCCUUUUGGUGCCUCGUUCAGAUUUGUGAGAAGUACCUUCCUGGUUACUACAGCGCCGGACUGGAAGCGAUUCAGCUGGAUGGAGAGAUCUUCUUCUCUCUUCUGCGGCGUACAUGUCCAAUGGCUUAUCGCCAUCUAAAGAAAUUCAAGAUAGAUCCCAUUCUGUACAUGACCGAGUGGUUCAUGUGCAUCUUCUCACGCACGCUACCCUGGUCCUGUGUCCUGCGUGUAUGGGACAUGUUUUUCUGUGAAGGGGUCAAGAUAGUAUUUCGCGUUGGCCUGGUGCUACUGAGACAGAUGCUCGGCGCUGUGGAUAAACUUCGAGAACUUCAGGGCAUGUAUGAGACCAUGGAGCGUCUCCGAAACAUCUCACCCGAUUCUAUCCGAGAGGACGUACUGGUACAGGAGGUCAUAACGCUCCCAGUGACCGAGGCGCUCAUCGAGAGGGAGUGUAGCAUCCAGGUGAGAAAAUGGAGAGAGUCUAGAGGGGAACUGAUGCAUCAGCCGGGCCGUCGCCUCCACGGCACAAGAGCUAUCUUUGAGCACAAGCGGCGCGCUGCCUCCAUCAGCUCUGGUGGCAGCCUCUCUUUCCUUGGAAGUUCAGGUGUCCCACCUCCAGGACCCCUCAGGGCUUCCUCCAGCCUUCUUUCACUUCCUGGUUUCCGUAAGUCUAAGGCUCCUUUCUUCCCCCAAACUAAAAAAGGCUCCUUUUCAGGGCCCUCAGGAGUAGAGGGCCUUCCACCCUUCUCUCCACCUGCAGUCACCUCCAUUUCGAGCCGAGGCCCACAGCAGAAACCUCCCAUUCCUCCGAGCGCAGGUCUGAAGCCAACAGCAACCCAUGUUCAAAGUCCUUUGGUUGCAAGUGCAGUUGGGUCGUCCCCUGGUCCCCCUCCAGCUGCAGAGGACCCCUCAUCACAGAUCCAGCCUGCUUCAUCACCUCCUGCGCAGAACCCCCCCCCACCCAACAUGCUGGCCCCCUCCCCUAAGGUCGUUUCAGAGCAGAUCACUCCCACCAUCCCUUCUCCUACUGCCAACAACGCCCCCCUGCAGCCGUGUCCAGAGCCACAGAAGGAAAGCUCACCAGCAGCAUCUGGAGAGGAAGACGGAAAGAAGAAGAAGAAAAGCAAAGACGACAAGAAGAAAGAAAAGGAAGACGAGAAGAAGAAACUGAAAGAGAAGAAGGAGAAAGACAAGGCUGAGAAGGAGCGGCUCAAGAGAGAGAAGGAGAGGCAGGAAAAAGAGAAAAAGAGAGGGGGAAAGAAAAAAGACAAGGGGGGAGGAGAGGUGGAGGACAAAAAUGGAGCUGCAGCAGCAAAAGAUUCGGCCUAGUUUUGUACUCCUUCAUUCCAGGAUAAACACAAAGGGAGUCGCAAGGAGAUGGAGGUCAAUGGAACAAAAGACCUGCAGAAACAGAGUAAAACAACGAAGAUGGGAUGGCUGUGUAUGGUGCUUAAUAUAGGUUAGGGACUAUGAUGGACAAGACUGGAUUAUGGUUUUAAAAGCACUUGGAGCGGCAUUUUGCCUCUCGUCCAUUGGUUUUUCUUUUCCCCCUCCCCUCACGUAGUUUGUCUGUAAUUGGGUUAAAUACACAUUUAAGCGGAAGUUCAGUCGGACAGCGGGCUUUUUUUCUUCAUUUUUCAUUGUUACUUCAAUCGAAUGAGUAGCAGUCCGUAAAGAAACUUAAAUGCAAGAGACCAUAAGCCAACCAUUUGUAGUAUUUGUGCCAUAGGUGAUGUAAAUUAGACGUCGAGCUGCAGCAUUCGGAUCCAUCAGGCCUCAUCUGUUUACAGCUUAACUGGAUUUUUGGGUGGAAGUUAUCUCAAAUCUCAGCACUGAAGACUGAAACGCUUGCUAUGAUGUUGAGGAUGUAUUUAUUGUCUUGGUAACUGUUGUGAGUGUGUGCCUUAGUAGUGUAGUGAACUGUGUAAAUGUUCUAUGUGCGGUUCCUUUCUGUUUGCUUUAGUUCGCGUCAUUUCAAACUUCGGGAACCCUUUCAGUGGUUCUUCCCAAACCUUGGUUCUGCCAUCAGAGGACAUGAUGGGUUAAGACCGAGGUGGAGACAAAAGGAGGAAGGUGUUGAGGGUAAAAACACGCAGGCAACACAUGGUAUAGAUCAUUUUUGGAUGUUUAGUUUUAGGAUAUUUUUUAUUAUUUCCUGUGGGACAGAAAAGGAGCAGGUAUUGUUUUCACUUGGUUUUUUUUUAUGUCUUGGAUUUAAUUUAAAACACGAAGCAGAAAUUAUAAUAAUUUACCGCAAAACCAACAUUUCUGCACAACUAAACGUCGUUCUCUAAAACUAGUGGUCAUUUGUAGUUUAUGCAUUUCACUUAGUCAAAUUUCAGUAUGGAUAAAAACUCAUCAGAGUGUGGUUGUGAGUAUCUUAAAAAAUGAAGGAUUUUGCACUUUCACCACUGAUGCUUAUUACUGUGGUGAUUUAAGAAGAAAAAAACCUGCAUUUCAGCUUUUUGCAUUAGGACCUAUAGGAAGCCACUUGAGUGGAGGUGCCAGGUGUAGCAUUAACCUCUGAUCUGUAACCUGCAGGCUUUUCUGUAUCUAUGUACAAAGUGGUUAAUUUAAUCAAAUAUAGUAUAUUAUGAAUUACUAUUAUUAUUUUCAUCUAUUUUUCUAUACGAGUGAGAGACACCUGGCGGACUGGAACAAAGUGUGUGUUUGCAGAAGGAUUAGUUGGGAUUUUUGCACGGCAUCCUCUGCUUUUACACUCCAAACUCAUUGCAUGUCCUCGCUUUAAGUUAUUUUUGGGUCAAAUUUUGUUCACAAGACUCCUGUUUGUUGAGCUACAGUAUUAAAAAUCCUCGAGUGGAAAGCAGGCCUGCAACAGAACAGGUAUUUUACGGUAUCAUAUACUAAGAAGUCAUUCAUGAACUUCGAGAUCUUCAGUGUUUCUGUCUCACCUGUUUGUGUUCUAACAUUUAUAACAACUUAUGACCCAACUCUUAUCUCUUUACACUCCGUGUUGCAUACUGUAACAUAUUGUUGCGCAUUCAAUGCCGAACCCCAUCAGUAUAGCGUGAAUAGUGUUGGUUAGUUAGUUUGUUAGUUAGUGUGAAAUCAUUCGGUGGAAACAGAGAAAAAAGCAAAGCACUGAUUCUCUUUAACCGUACCGUUACGUAGUCGAUAAUUAGUGAGGCUCAAGUAACUGUAGUCAACGCUUCCUUCACAUACUUUGUUUUUCCACUUGUUUCAGGCCUUAACAUCGAUGCGUCCUCUCUCCAUGUGUCUCACACACUCCCCUCUCUAUUUAAACGCCAUCACAGUCAUGUGCUCAUGUGUGUAAUCCAAACACAUCUAUGCAAACUCUUCUUCAUUACGACUGUUCAUGUCUGUGGUUACAGCAGCACUGAUUAAACCAGAGUUGCGCCAUGAAAAAAAAAACCCAAUUGUGUGCUUCAGAUUUCCGACUUUAAGGCCCGUGGAGUUUGAUGUUCCAUGAACGUUGCUUCACCACAGCUCAUGCUUCAAUAAUAGGCCUUUCUAGUCCAUUUCUUUGUUGGGAGAGCUGGAUGAUGGAAUGAGUCUGACACUCGUUGCAGAUGCGGCACUUAGCUCUGCAACGUUUCUGCAAUAAAGCAGUUCUUUGUGUCACUUGAUUUGGGAAUAGUUUCAUCAGUGCAAGUUCAAUAAAAAAAAUUGCAUCAACGAUUUCUGCCCAUGCCGUUAUGUCUUUUGUGUUUUUUGAGUUUACGUCUCUGGCAAAAGUGGAGUAAAAUCGUAGCUAAAUUAAUUAAUUCAUUCAGACUGAUGUAUUUAUAAUUAAUGACAAUUGUGAUGAGUAAUAAACUGUAAUAUAUUA